GCUGAGUUCCAAGAUAUUACCUCAUUCUCACCUGUUAUGAUAAUUACAUAAACCAGUAAUUAUUGUCUUAUUUGUCUCUUUUAAUAAUAAAGAAAUAAGCAACCAAUUUAAACUUUAAAAGUAUUCUUUGUUAUACGCCAUUUUGUCAUGGGUGGGGUUCCUAGGAAAUUAGGAGUCCACGUGGUGGUAGAGACUAGAGAACAGAAAAGGUUUUGAGGAAUGAGUAAAAAGAAAGAGAAGAAACAGAAGGCGGAAGAAGCCAAUGAAGAGGAGGAGUUGAAGCCAGGUGCCAUAUACCUCAGUCACAUACCUCACGGGUUCUACGAGAGAGAAAUGAAAAGUUAUUUUACUCAGUUUGGUGAAGUUACGAAUCUGAAACUGAUUAGGAGCAAAAGAACCGGUCGCUCAAGAGGUUUUGCUUUCAUUGAAUUUGCUACUUCCGUUGCUGCAAAGGAAGCAGCUGAGGCUCAUAACAAUUACCUCUUGUUUGAGAAAGUAAUGAAAUGUCGUUACAUUGAUCCAGCUACACUCAAGCCCAACACAUUUAGACAGUUUACGUUAAAGAAAAGAGUCAAACCAGUGAAAAAGCCUAAGACUCAAGCUGAGAUACAGAGUUAUGUCAAAGGUGUGCUAGAGCGGGAAAGCAAAAGAAGAGAUCGUCUCAAAUCCCUCGGGAUUGAGUACGAGUUUCCAGGAUACUCCGGCUGCAUAGAGACUAAAGAGUAUAAGCUAGAAACGCCAAAGCACACAAUAUUCACUGAUGGAGAUGAACAGUGAAUUAGCAGACAAGAAAAUAACAUCAAAAAUAAUAAUAUUAAUAAUAAUUGUAACAGUGAUUUUAAUGCUAUUCCGAUGGACUAUUGUUCAGAUUUGUGUUCAGGUGUUAUUUGCUGGAGCAAA